CUACCAUUGCGGAAAUCUACUUAUUGUAUAGAUAGGACGUUAGCAAUAUAGGAGUACAUAUAUGCUUCAUACAACGACUACUAAAUUCCAACCCCAAUUAAUUUUGAGAGCUAGUGUUAAAAAAAAAUUUAGCUUCCAACUUUCGAAUUUCUUUUACUGAAAAUACGUUUUGGAAAUGACUGAUGCAGAAGCACAAAGUGAAGAGCGAGAAGUUCUGUUAUCAAUUUAUGAAGGAGACAGUGCUUUUAAAGAACUUAACCCAACAACUUAUCAAUACAAGUUUGGUGAAGACAAUAACCCCAAAUCAUUUCUUUUAGAAAUCUUAUGGGGUAGUAAAUAUCCAUCUGAAAAACCAACUAUAAAUAUGGAAACCUUUUAUAAUAAACACAUUGUUCAGAAAGUCAAGGAAAAAGUUAGGGACUAUGUUGAUGCAGAAGCAAAGCAAUGGUUAGGUUGUGCCAUGACCUAUUCACUUUUCCAAUCAGUCCAGGAGCAUUUGGCUGAGUUAACAGCGGAUCAACCUCACACAUCUAUAGACAUGAGCGAUCAAGUAUCUCAAGUAACAAUAAAUGAUGAACAGCAAACUGAUGAGGCAGCUAAAAAAUUUGUUAAAAAAGAGCAGCUUACUAAAGCUCAAAAAAGGCGUCAAUGGAAUAGAGUAGACGCCAAAGGAGAAAAACCACGUGGCUGGGACUGGGUUGAUAUCGUACGGCAUUUGUCACAAACAGGCUCAAAACCUGAUAAUGAAUCUUAAUUUUUAAUUAUCAUAGGUAUAUUAUGAAAAAGUAAAAAACAAGUUUCAUUUUAGAUUCACGAUUUUCUCGUUUUUUUUCUAUAAUUGCACCUUUAUUCUAUUAAUGAUCGAUCCUACCCAGGUAUGCAUAAAUUCGUCACAUUUGCAAUUGACUGGCCAAUUGGUAACGCGAAAACGAUUUCCUUCGUAAUUUC